AUGCCUAGAUUAGCUAAGCGUCAAAAAUACCGAGAUAAUAUUCCGACAAAAGAUCCCGAAGAAUAUUUUAGAAUCACUUUAUUUCUACCGUUUCUUGAUUCGUUUGUACAACAAUUAAACGAUCGUUUUGUUAAUCAUCAAAACAUAAUAUCUGGAUUUCAAAUGUUUGUUAAAAGCUCAGAGUUUGAUGAAGAAAAACUAAGAGAACUUGUUGAGUUUCAUGCUAACGAUGUUGAUGAUUUUGAUCGAGUGAAAUCAGAAACUAUUUUAUGGAAUCGUUAUUUGACUGACAGUAAUAAACAAUAUAAUAGUGUAAUUCAAAUACUUAAUGAAUGCAAUCCAGAUUUAUUCCCAAAUAUAUAUAAACUAUUACAAAUACUUAUCACACUUCCUAUUACUUCAUGUGAGGCGGAGAGAUCAUUUUCCACACUUAAAAGGAUCAAGAGUUACUUAAGAAAUUCCACAUCAGAAAGAAGACUCAAUGGAUUAGCUGCCCUCAAUAUCCACUACGAAGUCAGUGUAACACCAGAGGAAGUAAUAAGUCAUUUAAGCUCUACAAAACAUCGUUUAGAUUUCAUCUUAUAA